ACGAGCCGUAAUCCGCGCUGCGGCCGUCGCAAAAGUGCCAGUUUCCCCUAACGACCAGCAACGCGGGGAGGAUGGCGGCGCUUGGGGCGAGGGAGGCCGCGGCGGCCCCGGGCUCGGCCGAGGCGGCGGAGGCAGCGGAGGCGGCGGAGCUAAGCCGCGCCGUGAGCCGCCUGCUGCCCGGGCUAGAGGCCGACAGCAAGCUGGGCCGGCGACGCGCGCUGGAGGCGCUGCAGCGCGCGCUAGAGGCGGCCGACUCAACGGCCGCUGCCUCCGCCUUCCAAGCUCCGUGGGCGCGCCUGCUCCUACCGCGCCUGCUGCGCUGCCUGGCCGAUCCUGCCGAGGGCUGCCGCACGCUGGCCACGCACCUGCUAGGGCUGGGCCUGCGGCGCACAGCGCGCCCCCGCGAAGCCCUGCCGCGACUGCUGCCUGCGCUUGCCGCGCGCCUGGCCGGCCCCGAGCCCGGGCGCCGGCCGCCAGAGGUUUGCGAGGAGCUGCGCCUGGCGCUGGUGCAGCUGCUCGCCCUGGCUGUGCGCCUGUGCGGCGCCGCGCUUGCGCCGCACCUGGACGAUGCGGUGCGCGCAGUGCGCUCCACGCUUCUGGACCCCUUCGCCGCCGUGCGCCGUGAGAGCUGCGAGUGCGCCGCAGAGCUGGCGCGCGCCACGCCAGGCCAUUUCCACAUGCAGGCGGAGUCCUUGAUCAGCCCCCUGAUGCAGACCCUCUCCCACCAGCACUGGAAGGUGCGGGUGGCUGCCAUCGAGGCCACGGGCACAGUGAUCCAGUUCGGCAAUGGGAAGUCAGUGGACGAGGUGCUGCCUCACUUUGCUCAGAGGCUCUUUGACAACGUCCCCCAGGUCCGACGGGCAGUGACCUGUGUGGUGGGGGGCUGGCUGCUGGACCUGCGGGACCGUUACUCCUUCUUCCACAAGCUCAUCCCGCUAUUGCUCAGCAGCUUGGACGACGAGAUACCCGAAAUCGCGUGCGAGGCGGCCAGCCUCUGGGAGAAGGUCGGCCUGCAGUGGCAAAGGGAGAAUGAGGACGACCUCAAGGACAAGCUUGACUUUGCCUCGCCGCCCCCAGCCCACCACCCCUCUCCAGAGAGUCGGCCAGCAUUGGGCUGUCGGGAGCUGGUCUUCAGAAACCUCUCCAAGAUCCUUCCUGCCGUCUGCCAUGACAUCACCGACUGGGUGGCGGGGACCCGCGUGAAGGCAGCGCAGCUGCUGGCCCUCCUGCUGCUCCACGCAGAAGACCAUGCCACGCAGCACCUGGAGGUGGUCCUGAGGACCCUGCUCCGGGCCUGUGCCGACGAGGAGCAGGCUGUGCUCAGCAGUUGUGCCAGGUCCGCGGAGCUGAUCGGCACCUUCGUCAGCCCAGAAGUGUUCCUGAGGCUGAUCCUGUCCGCUCUGAGGAAGUCGCCCUCCUGCCCCGGCCUCCAGGUCCUGACCUCUGCCAUCCGAGGCUGCCCAAGGGGCGCCCUCCAACCGCACCUGCAGGCCCUCGCCACAGAGCUGGCCCAGGCCCACAUCUGCCACGGGGCUGAGGAUCACAUCUUCGGCGAGCACCUGCUACUCUGCGUGCAGGCCCUGGUGUCCGUGGGCCGAGAGGGCUGCAGGACAUGCAGCCUGCAGCUCCUGGAGGUGCUGGUGAGCGUGGCAGCGCUCUCGCGUGCCCCAGGCCUGGGCGAUAAGGUUCAGGAAGCCACAGCCGCACUGGCUGCAGCCCAGGACAUCAACAGCACCCGAGACCUGUACAGUGAGCACACGGGUGCACUCCUGGAGUGGCUGGCCACAUCGCAGCCCAACUGGACCUCCCACUCCGCAGAGCUCCUGCAGUUCUGCGAGGUUGUCAUCCGCUCAGGCCCUGCCCUCGGAGAGGCACUACCCCAGCUCAUCCCCAUGGUCAGGAGCUGCCUGCAGCCGGCACGAGACCCCCAGAUGCGCCUGCAGCUCUUCUCCGUCCUGUCCAGGGUGCUGCUGGCGGCCCAGGAGACUGUGGACUCCCGAGGCCAGUUUCACAGCUACCUGGACACAGUGACAACAGACAUCUUUGUCCCCAAUCUGCAGUGGCAUGCAGGGAGGACGGCUGCAGCCAUCCGCACGGCGGCUGUGUCCUGCCUCUGGGCGCUUGUCAGCAGCAGGGUCCUGUCAGACGAGCAGAUACAAGAUGUGCAGGAAACCCUGAUGCCUCAAAUUCUAACCACUCUGGAAGAAGACUCACCAACGACUCGAUUAGUUUCAUGCCGAAUUAUUGACAUAUUUUUAAAAACCCCUGGUGGUGUGAUUAAUCCGGAUAAGUUCAUCAAGAUUUACCCUGAACUCUUGAAACGCCUGGAUGAUGUUUCCAGUGACGUGAGGCUAGCAGCUUCCUCUGCCUUAGUCACCUGGCUGGCACGUAUCAGAAACGAGGACGGGAGGUCCUUCUACCAAAGUCAUGUCCAGUUCCUGUACAAGGAACUCUUGGUGUACCUGGAUGAUCCAGAGGGCGCCACCCAGGACGCAGUCUUAGAGGUCCUCAAAGCAAGCAGUAUCCUGUUCCCUGACAUCUUGGUGAAAGAGACAGAGGCUGUCCUUCACAAGCACCGCUCUCCUGUCUACUGUGAGCGGCUCCUGCAGCAUGUUCGGGCCUUGCCGCCUGCCCAGUGAUCAAGUUCUGGGAGUGGAGCCUUUAGUGCAGCAGCUGGAGGUGGGAGUGAACACCAGCUCUCGUCCUUACCUGGACUUGGCCUUUUAACCUCAUGACAGGGCACCUUUUUUUUUUCUCAGACAUAAUACAUUUAUUUAAUAAACAAAAUACAUUGAUGAGGGGAUACAGGUGUGUUUCCAUAAUAACUUGUUUUAGCAUAUGCUGCCUGCUGUGAGUGGCUCAUGAGAACCUGGGGUAUACAGAGAAAGGCUUUAGAUCUUUUCACAAAUUUCUUAGGAUAGAGUUGUCCAAAAGUGAUGGCUCAAGCCACUUUGCUGAAUUCUGUUUUUGUACUUUAGAAAAUACCCCCUAUCUAACCAGUUUCUUUUUACCAUGUGUAUUAUAUGUGUGUGUGUCUGUGCGAAUUUGAUAAACACACAUAUACACCAAUUCCCCUUUUCAUAAAAUGUCCCCAAAAGUUAAAAACAAAACAAAAACCCGACAGCUAAAUACUAUGACAUCCCAAUUAGUAAACACAAAAAUGAAUAAAAUAUACCAUAUGCACUCAGCUUCCACAUGGCAGUACCCAAGUAAGGAGGCUGCUGCAAUGAUGUCUGUAGGCAGUUUCUUUUGGCAGACAGCUCCAGCGGAAUUGCCAUUCUCAAUUAUUAAGUUAUGUGUAAGACGUGUGACCCAUUGGAUUUUUGUGAAAUAACACCCAUGCUUCUGUUCAUGCCCUGUUCUGUCCAUUCCCCAGCAGCUGUCUGCCUCAGAGCCCGAGGGCUAUUGCAGACUCCCAUAAUGCUACCUUGGGACCCACCUUGCAUUGGAUGGCUCCAGGCUUCUGGUGGGCCACCUAUGGGAUGCCCCCAGUGAGGUUUUGGACCCCCAGUAGGAUUGUGAGGCCAACCAGAAGCUCCAGGGGAGCUGUGGCUGAAUGCCUCAGGGGCAAAGUUAGAAAGGACCGUGUUACUAAAACCUAGUCUCACACUUUCAGAGUUGAAAGCUUCCAUCUCUCUUGCUUGAUGCUCCAGCAGGCUUCAUAUUCGUUCAGUGCGUUUAUUCUGCAGUGUCAAUACCUCUUCUUCAAUCUUUGUUCUAAGAGUGUCUUGUAGAGGAAGACCCUCUGUUCAAGCUCCUGAAGCUCUCGAUCAUGUUGUGCCUCAGCCUGCAUCUUGAUUUUGCUCUGAUAUGCAUUCAACAGCUCCAGUUCCCACUGCAGCUGCAUUUUCAAAAUCUGGCACUCUGCUUCCUGGGCUUCAUCCAAACACAGCUUCAGACUCUUAGGCUGUUGUCGAACCUCCAUGACAUGCUUUUGCCUUAGUUCUCAUUCUCUUUGUUUAUUAUACUCCCACUGGUUAGUGAACUCAGUUUGAUGCUGCAAUCUGAUCUACUCACAGCGCAUCUUCUGAAUUGUGUUGAGGUGGCGCAACUCCAGUUCUUGCAUGGAUUCAUGCUGCAGUAGCAUCGCAUGCUUUAAGUCCUUUUGAGUCCACUUUUUAUUUAACUCCUCCGUGACAAGGUCCUGCUCCAAGUUAUGGCACCCAAGUAACAUCUUUCCUUUGAAGCAAUGGCGUUGCAGCUCUAGGUUCUGUCUCUGACAUUGAAGAUUAGUCUUUUCCUCUGCUUGGAAAUUCUGUAUAUUCUCUUUCUGCUUUGAAAGCCAUUCCUGUUUUCCUUUUUUGGGGGAUGCUCUGGUUUUCAUUCAGCUCCUUAGGCUGUUCCUUUCGAAGUUUAUAUUCUGUCUUCUGGACUUCAAAAAGCUAUUCAGUUCUUUCUUCUUUUGGGCCUGAAUACUUUGCUGAAAUUUUUUCUCCUCAUUGGACAUCACUUUAGCCUCUUUUUCCAUCGUAGCCUGAUGUUUCCUGGUAAGUUUCUUCAUUUUUGCAGCAAAGUUGUUACACUAAGUUUCAAGAUCUUUGUCUAAUAUGAGACGAUGCUCAUCCAUCUUAGCCUUUAGCUUAUUUUCCAGAUUUAUCAGCUGUUUUUGAUGUUGCUGCGUCAUUCUCUUACCGCCAGACAUUUGUUCUCUAAGCUCAGUUUUCUGCUCAUGUUCUUGCAUUUGCCUUAUAGCGGGUUUUAAAUGGAUGACAGAACUAUUAGACGUGACUGUGGUCUCCCUCCAUCACGUCUAGCUCAUUCUUGUCAUCUGAGGCAUCUGGAAGACUGUUAACACUACUGCUUUGACUGCUGGCCCUGUUGGACAUACUGGGAAUAGACUGUUCCUGUCUGUCCAACACUGUGAUCUUGUUCCUCUUCUUCCUGUGCUUCUACUGCUGGUCCAUUAUGUGCCUCCUCAAAAAGGACGUUCUUCAUCUUUCAAUACUUCAGAUUUCCAGCUCUCUUUCUGCAUCCUUUGUCCUUUGAAUGAGAUCUAUUAAUACUGUUGCAGGGCACUCCCAAAGAACAAACCCAUGCUUUAAAAGUUCCUCUGAUGAAGAGCGAUCUUGAGGGAUUUUCUGGAGGCAAGAGUCUACAAAGUUGUGAAAAUAAUCAGACCAGUCAUUAGACUGUAGUGUAGGGGAUUCAUUUUUGGCUAUGUGACAUAGGCACUUACUAUAGUCAUAUCAAAUAAAGGAGGCUCCCUUUCUUUGAUAUGAAGUUCAAUACAUGUUAUUCCAAGAGACCAUACAUCUAUUUUGCUAUAAUACUUUUCUUCAUCCAUGGCUAAAAUUAUUUGUGGGGCCAUCCAAUAUGGUGUUCCCACAAAAGAAUUGGCAGGAGAGGCCAUGGAAGCAAUGACAGAGCACCUUUUUGUCAACAGCUAAGGACAUUCACAGGUGAGACUUUUGAUAGCAAGAAGGAUGUAUUCUCUAAGAUACACGCCUAGUAGUCUCUGGCACAGUUUUCCACACCCAGCCAUUUCUAAAAUAGCAUUCACUGAGUGGCUUCCAUAUUUUUAUGUCUUGUUGAUACAUCUUGUGGAGAGGUCGGCCAAAAAUCUGCAGCUGAUUUGAAAUGAAAAGUAAAUGUCAACUACUCGAUAUUGGCAGUCAGGUGAGCUCUCUCUCCUUUUUUAAGGCCACGUGCACUGCUAGGUUCAUGGGUUAUCAGUUCUGUCUUGCUUAAAAGCCCACCAAGAAUGUUCUUGACUACUACAAAACAAAAACAGCCGAAGUAAAGUGAUUAAAGAGAAAUUUCAUUAUUUCUUUGGGUUCUGUGUACUGAAAUGUCACAGGGAACAGAUUAAAAGUAAUUUGAAAUCUUAAGAAUUAUUAUCAGUGAAAUGUUUCUCAUUUAAAAUAUCCUGGAGCUUAAAAUGUCUUGUGGAUAAAUUCAGUCACAGUCUUUCUUCUUAGGUCAGUAAUGCUAACAGUGUUGAAAAUAGAAUAUUUAAUCAGAUAUAAUUUUGGUUGCUCUUUUAUUAGUAGCAGUAAAGUAAAAUUGUAUUUUAUUCACUAGCAUUUUCUACACCCAAGUGCCUAAAAGAUUUCAUUUUAAGUGUGUAUUGAUUCUGUAGGCCAAAUAUUUAUGUUAACACAAGGGGGAAAAAAUGCUGUGUAUUUUCCAAUAAUCAAAUAUUAACAUUUAUGCUUUUGUGUUUGAAAUUUUAAUUAAAAGUAUUUAUUAUAAA